AUGGGAAAAUCAAAGUCCGGCGAAGGAAAUAAGUGGUUGAAAGACCGAGGAGAGUUUGACGAGGAAAUCUUGUCACUAGCCGACGAUGCAAGUAUCAUCUUCGAAAACACCGGAGAUCUUCUCAAAAGUAUGAAGAAUUUCGCUGGUAGCGUCGGAGAGCAGGAAAAGAAGCAUCCAUACGGAAAAGGAUCGAGUGCUGCAAGAACUUAUGGUGGUGGAAUGAAGAACUCAGCCAGCGCAUUCACUCGUUCCGGAGAUCAAUUCGACAAGUUGUUCGCUGCUUGCUCAGCUUUCAAAGAUCACAUCAACUCAGCCAUUCUUGCCAAACUUAUUAGUUUCAAGGAUAUCGAAUGUAAGGAUAUCGAUCAACAUAUGACACAACUGAAGAAGGCCCAGAAGGAUUAUGCCAACAAGAAAGGAAAAAAGAAUCCAGAUCCAGUUAUGGUUGAAGCUGCUGAAACUAGUCUGAAAAAGCUUCUCGAAGAAGCCAAAGGAACAUUGACCAAGUUCAACAAGGUCGGAUGUGAACUGCUGACCCAGCUUUCGACCGAUAUGAAGACUGGAUUUGAUGCCUACUGUGAGGCUGGAACUUCUGCCUGA